AUGCGAAAACCCAUCAACUAUCUAAUUGUGAACAUGGCUAUGUCAGACCUACUGUUCCCAAUAUUCUUGAUCCCGAAAACUGUAAUAGAGAUACAUGACGAUGAUUGGCCCAUUGGAGGCCAUCUUGGCGAGGUUUUGUGUAAGCUCGCUCCUUUUUCAGCCGAUCUCUCCUCUGCUGUGUCAAUUCAGAGCCUUGUGCUGAUCGCAGUGGAUCGAUUUGUAGCUGUGGUAUUUCCCCUCCGUUCCCCGCUCUUCAGUUCAAAAUUGUACCGCUUUUUUAUUCUCGCCACGUGGAUCAUCGCCAUGGCUACAUUCAUCCCUUACCUGGUCGCGUUCAAGCUGGUCGAAUAUGAUCAUGAGUACAAGUGUGUGCGGCAAUGGAUGCGUGUUUUUGACGAUUCCUCGUCGGUGACAAAAUACUUUAUGGCACUUUUUAUUGCAUUUUUUUAUAUUCCCUUCGUUCUGAUGUUUAUUCUAUAUCUUGCGAUUUUUUUGAAACUGAAGUCCCAAAGAGGACAAGGCGAACGCUCAAUGAACGCUCAAAUUCAGCGCUUGAGAAGGGAGAGAAAUGCGCUGAAGCUUUCCAUUGCUAUUGUGUUAGGGUUCGCUGUAUGCUGGAUUCCAUUCAGUAUUUUUGCAUUAGUACGUAUGUUUGCAGAUGAAAACAAUGCUACAAUGUCCUGUGGAUUCAAACAGUUAUUAGAGCAAGUUGCUCUGCUACUGAGUCGAACAAAUAGCGCUAUGAACCCCUGCAUCUGUUUUAUUUUCAGUGGAAAUUAUCGCCAAGGUCUUAAGAAUCUUCUCGGCUGCUGAGUGAGUUGCCAGGGCUAAUAAAGAUGCAAUGUAUCAUGGCAGCCGCUUUGGAAUAUAAUAAGAAUUGUUUGUAAACUGAACUGAAACUAAAUUAAAUACAUCAUUAUGAAAAGUAAAGAACAUCCACACUUAAGGGUUUAGAAACAAAUCUGUUGCCGUAUUAACAUUUUUUCCUAGGGGUGAACCGUUGAUAUGCAUUAAGGAAUUCUGUCAACGUUGCAUUAGAAACAACUAUGAAUAAAAUAUAUUAAUCAAGUAGUAUCUGCUAAGGAUAGGAUAUCGAAAUAGGAUAUCGAAUGUCGGUGAACGUGACCGCAAUGAUGAAUGGAUCACAGGUACCGAGCUGCUUAAAUCCAGUUACUGAGGGAAAGAGAAUCGGAUUCAACUUUGCCAACAGCUUUUAUAAAAUAUAAAAUAAAUAAAUAAAGACAGGAAAAAAGUUAAUAAGCGAAUAAGGAAAGAAGUUUUUACUGUGGGAAAGAUCUUUUGGAUCUGUUCCUCAUGCAGAAGUAAAUCCAACUCAGUAAUGUAUAUACCGUCUUUAUUUUGUAUUUUGUUAUUUUCUUCCCCUGCGAGGCGUGAUCUGAAUUAAAAAGGCAAUAAAAUUAAGCAAAUGACUGGAAAGCAAAUACUGAUAUAGCGUUAUUUGUUGAAUAACGUUUGACAGCUGGUCCGUGUGAUGACAGCCUAUAGUAUUGAAGGAAAAUGUUCCAAGAUGUAGUGCACAGUAUUUUAAAGGAUUAUAGACAAACCAAGAGUUUCUUUUGAGAAAAACCCAGUAAACUGAAAAAUUUAGUUUUACUGUUUUCCGUUGCCAUCAACGACCGCAUAAACGCACUUAUGUUAAGUGCUCUGGUGAGGUCAUUUAUUCAAGGUGUAAAUAUUACUGAGUGGCAAAUGUCAUGCAGUUUAAAUAGCGCAAACUUUCUUUCAAUUCUCGAUCAAUUUUUUUUCCUAAUUCAGUCAAACCCUAAUGUCCCAUGUACUUCUUUGAUAUCUCUUUUUAUUUCUGACGCCAAAGAAUAAACAGAUGUAAUUCUUUCUAUUGCUCUAAAUAUAUUUUGAUCCCUUCGUUUAAAAACCAUUUCAAGCACACUCAUUCAAACAAUCUGUUAACUUGCUUUUAAUUGUUAAAGAAGAGGAUUUUAAUUAUAUGUUUUCGGGUAUAACAAGGCGCGGACGGGUUAAAUUUUCGCGAACACAAUGGUCAUGAAAGAGCUGUGGUUACGUACUUUGUUUUGUCUUACUUUGUUUUGUCUUAAUUAAGUGGAGGCUACAUGCGAUCAAUUCGAUCUUAUUUUUUAUCCGGUCCUUUUACCUCUUGGGAAAAUUUCAACGACAGCAGUCUAAAAAAACAUGUUUAAAAAUAUGUAACUAGAAUUAUAUGUAUCAAACGAUCAUUAAGCCAUAACUAUUCAAAAUAACGGUUUAAGCAUUCAUGUAAAUUUCCCUAAAAGUCGUGCGGUCUGAAGUGACUUUUUUGGGAAAAAAUUGAUAAGCGAGUAAGGAUGGAGUUUUUACCAUGGGGAAAAAUCUUUUGGAUUUACACUUAUAUAGUACAAGAUUGUCGAGCAAUCAUGAUUGGUUAAUGAGAUGAAAGAGAUCACGGAUUCUUUAACACUUUAUCCCCCCCCCCCUAUAAUUCUAAUUAAGAUUUCAUACAUGACAGUGAUAUAAACAUAUUCAAAUUAAAUAAAGACAGACGAAAAGAUAUAAACAUGUUCAAAUAGAGACAAACAGAACUUAAUCGUUUCUUAUUAGAGGCUUCAGAUGACACCCAAGUUUUCAUAGAGCAUAAUGGGGAACGAAUUUUAAAAAUGUCUUUUUCCUUUACACUUUGGCCGUCAGAAUCGAGAAAAUGUCAGAUCUGUGAAAUAAAGUCAUCUGUGUCGGAAAUUCGCUCUUGUGUUAUUGUAUGAAAAUUUCCCAAAUGCUUCUGAUGGAAAAAGGAAUAUUAUCUAUUCAUCAGACAAACAGUAAUAUGGUCUUGUGGAUUUUAAUAUUUCACGGAGAUUGUCCGAUUUUUUAUGUACUCAUACUGUGCUGUAAACCUCUGCAUUUGUUUUAUUUCCAUUGGACAUCACCGCCAGGGUCCUAAAAAUCCCUUCAUUUGCUUCUCCAUAGCGCCAAGGGCUAAUCAGGUUGCGCCGCCGUAGCUAAGCCCCGCACUAUAAAAUGCUCAUCAGUCGCAAUCAAGGAUAAAUUUAGUACUGACCGUUUUAAUCAGAACUUAGGGAAAGUCAAGUUUACAGUAAAAAAAUAUCCCUUGAGUAAAAGUUCUCAGUUGAAUAACAAAGGUGAACUUUGUCGAUUGUCAGUUUGAUGUUUUUAAAAACUAUGAUGAUAAAGACGUUCAUUGGUCCCGCUUGAAAGUGAUCGCUCAUUUGCAUUCAGCGGCAUGUCAAAAAAUCAGAAGAAGAUAAGAAGCCAGGUAUAAAAGCUUAAUUUUUUAUAACGGAAAAUCUUGUUAACCUCAAGAAACUUUAGUUUUGGUGACGAAAAUAAAUUAACAAGUUAGUGAAAUUAACUCCCCGAAAAGAUGUACAAGACAUAAAGCAAGAAGCGUAUUCCUGUCUGAAUGGACUUCAAUAUAAACUAACUAAUUCAAGCAAAAUUACGCUGCUUUGUCUGUUCAUGUAGUUCUUAUUUUAAAAGUUGGGUUCAGAGCCAAAGAUUGGUUAAAAGAAAGGAAAUUAUCGUUUGCCUAAAACAACCUCAGGGAUGCGGUUCAUCGAGGCCGACAUUUAUUCUUUUUUUUACUCUUUCGUCUUUUUGUUCUUCUUUGAUAGUCAUAUCACCUGUACUUUGGUUUUACCGCGGAGACUGAAAUUUGCCGCUCGGCGAUGUUUACAUUUUGACUACAUGGACUUGCCGAGGCACAUAUGGUUGAUGAGCUUAUGCAGUCGUUUAAGUCAACUAUUUAUCUCCAUUUGCUAUUAUGCUUUUUAAAUAGAAAGAAAGAAAAUGCAAAAUUUUUACAGAGCGGCUUUACGAUACAAAUGGCCGGAAUACUUUGAUCAAAAAGCUGUCACCGUUAAAAGAAUUUCGAAAUUCGUUAAAUAGAAAGUGAGCUGACAGUUGGAAAUUCCCAAAAAGGAAUGUUUACACGAAAAGUAGUCUCGCAAUAUGCAAAGGUGUUUGAAGAUAAAGACCGCUUAAUUAAGUUAUUAUGACAAAGAUAAUUUACCGUAAGGUUGUUUUGUAGCUAUUGUUUUUGUAGUUAAAUAGGGCGAAUGAAAGGUUUAUUAUUAUCUAAAAAGUCAUUUCAAAACAGUCACAACAUGAAUCAAGAAGAACAUGGAACUUCAAUUUCUAAGAUUGAUCUUUUCCAGCACUAGUCAUUUCAGUUAGCGCUAAACUUAAAUCAUCCGCUCAGCUGAAGGGAAGUUUCGUGAACAAAGCGCCAUCAAGCAAAAGCUUAUCGGAUUCAAAUUGCUAACUCGGGUUGAGCCCUGUGCAUAAAAAUUAUGUGUCAAUACCGACAUAUUUCAUCGGGAGGUCUUUCAAAAGACAGUUAUUAAGUGGCGUUUUCAAUGCAAACAUCCAUAGGGGGUCUUUUUCCAUUGACGUGCUCAGUUCACAAACUUCUUACAACCAAAUGACCACUGAGAAACAUAAAAAUUACUGAAACUAUCAAUUCGUACCACGAAAGAUCUUAAUAUGUGAACUGGAAUCGGGAAACUACGAUUACAUGUUGUAUUUCAAAACGUGAUACAUUUUAACCUUAAACAAUCCUAACGGCAAGAACAUGUAGUUUAACAAAUGAAUUUAUAUUUUUAGUUGGGGUUUUGCGAAGUCUACAAAUGGGUAGAUAUGUUUACCGUCACCUACAGCGCCACAUCUCAACUUCAGCAUAACGUAUGAGAGCGGUGUCGAAUUCUAAAUUUGCCGUCGGGGUUUCCGUCCCCAGUGGACGCAAAUUUUUGGUCAUUUCACGAUGACGUUUUGCAGAGGACAGCUAAAAUAAUGUAGGAAAUUUUAAAACGCACGUGCUGAGCUAUUUGUUUUACCCAUUAGAUCCUUCGUUUGUUCCGUUCUCGUCUGGGCCGUCUGAGUAUGAUCAUAUUUCUGAGUUCGUAAAAAUAAAGCCAGAUCAGAUGAGAAAGUACAGAGAAGUGGUUCAUUAACUUGAUUCACAUCUAUGACCAUCUAUGGCUUAAAAAUGAAUUUUUAAUUUACACGCUCAGAGAUUCUGAGUGUCUUCCUCAGGUUGCACUUCUCUUGUGGGUUCUUACACUCUAUUUAAAUAAGUGUUUUCUUCACUCAAUUAAUGGAAAAAAGUCUGAUUAUUAACAUAUAAAUUAUAAUAGCCAUUAGCUGGACGGAAAUAAUCCAAAGUUGUCUGGCAGGUAUUAAAGCUGAAAGUAGACUGAAAAACGUGGUAUAGUCGCCUUUUGCAAUACCAUUUGCCGUUAACGUCACACUUAAACUUUUCUAUUUUAGAAAAACUUCUUUCUCAUGCAUGAUGAUUCUGAGACAAGCUGUCAACUGUCAUUCAACAUCACUAAAUUAUUCUAUUUCGGUAGUCGCCAUUCUAUCAUGUGCUUUAUUCAUGUGUGCCUUUAGAUUCAUAUCACGCAUUGCGUUCAGCUACCUUCCUUAAAAUGACUUGUGUUUCGUCUUUUAUAUGUAAAUAAAUUUCUCUAAAAUUGUUGUUUUCACUUCUUGUCUUCCAAGUCUAUCUGUAAUCAUACUCGUGAUCAACAAAUCGGACUCCCACUUCGCAGUCGUUCGAUUUAGUCGAUCCCUCGUAUGAUUACAGACCGAAUUAGACUUCACUCGGUUUUAUUACCAUCACUAAUCUGUUUCGCUUUCUAUGGAAAUUAUCAUCAAGGCUUUAAGAGUCUCUUUAGCUGAUUUCUUUCUGGUUGACUUAGAUGCUUUUUAAACCGAAAGAGAGAAAAUGCUAAAUAUUUUACGGAGCGGCUUUACACGAUAUAAAUGGCUGGAAUACGUCGAUUGAAAAGCUGUCACCGUUACAAGAAUUUCGAAAGUCUUUGAGCAGAAAGCGACUUAUUGAUUAAGCUGACAGUUGGACAGCUGGCAGUUCUUUCUGGUUGACCCAUAUGCUAUGUUAUAGUUUGAGCCCCCGAGCUGUUGCAUGUUCGCUCACUAGCUUACGAUGUUUCUGGUGCAGGUACACAAUAUGUCAGCUUUACUGCUGAUAUAUAACAGAAAUGGGCUAAUUAAUACGACUUUGAAGUGAAACUCCUUUUUUGAAUAGUCACGAACGAAGUUUAAAGAUUGGGAUACAACUCAAUCGACCCCGCUAAAAAAUAUAUAUAUAAAAUAUCUUGUCUACUGGUAUUCUGGCACUUAUUAAUUCAAAAUGACAGGUUAAGGAAGUUGAAAUAAACCAGGAUCUUCAAACUCCUUAGAAAAAGUCACUUCAGACCGCACGACUUCGUGUCUAUACCUAACUGGCAACUCAAAGAAUUUUUAAGAAAAUUUUUAUGACGGCUUAAACCGUUAUUUAGAAUAAUUAUGGCUUAAUGAUCGUUUGAUAUAUAUAAUUCUAGGUACAUAUUUUGUAAACACUUUUUGUAGAGCGCUGUCGUUGAAAUUUUUCCAAGGGGUUAAAGGAUCAGAUAAAAAAUUAAGAUCGAAUUGAUCACAUGUAGCAUCCAGUAAAUAAAGAAAAUACAUAUUACAUAACCACAGCCCUUUCAUGACUUUUGUGUUCGCGAAAAAUUAACCCGACCUCGCCUUGUUAUAUAUACCAGAAAACAUAUAAUUAAAAUCUUCUUUUUUCACAAUGAAAAGAAAGUUAACUUAUUGUUUGAAUGAGUGUGCUUGAAAUAGGUUUAAACGAAGGGAUGAAAUUAUAUUUAGAGCAAUAGAAAGAACAACAUCUGUUUAUUCUUUGGCAUAAGAAAUAAAAAGAGAUAUCAAAGAAGUACAUGGGACAUUGGGGUUUGACUGAAUUAAGAAAACAAAAUUGAUCGAGAAUUGAAAGAAAUGUUGCGCUUUUUAAACUUCAUCAAUUCCUUCAUUAGCACUCAUAUCACCUCCACUUUGUAAUUUGCUUUUACCUCGGGGUCUGCAUGACAUUUGUCGCUCAGUAAUAUUUACACCUUGAAUAAAUGACCUCACCAGAGCACUUAACAUAAGUGCGUUUAUGCGGUCGUUUAUGGCAACGGAAAACGGUAAAAUUAAAUUUUUCAGUUUAAUAAGUUUUUUCUCAAAAGAAUCUCUUGGUUUCUCUGUGAUCCUUUAACAUACUACAUACUACAUUCUGCAACAUUUUCCUUCACUUAUUAUAAGCUGUCAUCACAUGAAACCAGCUGUCAAACGUUAUUCAACAAAUAACGCUAUUUCAGUUUUUGCUUUCCAGUCGUUUGCUUAAGUUUUAUUGCCUUUUUAAUUUAGAUCACGCCUCGCAGGGGAAGAAAACAGCCAGCUUUCAUUUUAACUUCAUUUUUUCCCCGUUUCCCGCUCCUCAAUAUCCAGGCCGUUCUCGCACACACAUUCCUCGCUUUUUAACUCGUGAAUUGCGCGCAUGCGCAAGAGCGAGUUAUAGAUACGAUGUGGGGAAUGCCAUUCGCUCGCUCGCUCGCUCGAUUGGUCGAUUCCUGUAAACUUUUUUUAGAUUUUAGGCUUUUGAGUGCAUUUGAUAGUUUUUGGCGAGCAAUAAACAAACGAAAUGGCGACCUUUGUUGUUAAGAAUAGUGGUGGGGUGAAAAAGAAGCCAAUGAUAAUCUUAAAGAGUUUUUUUUUUUUCGUUUUAGUUUCAACAAGCGGCGCCAGCGACUGGCAGGCAUGCAAGGAUUCACACUGAAAUAACAGAACAACCUUCGUUUUUCAUAAAAUUGUAAUUUACAAUCCUUGAACUUGAAAACAAUCCGAAGAUUCAUUGAAAAUAUCACUUACUGCGAAGCGUUCGGAGUUUACAGAUGUUCAAAAGCUUUUUCUGUUAUGGCGUGAGAUUGAUGACAAAAUUGAUCAUUACGUUUCGUCGCGUGUGUUUUUCCUGUGUGAACCAACAUAAGUGCCGGCGACUGACGAAAUAACAAGUUAACACGAAAAUCAAAUAACACCUAAACAAACAAUUUUAGCUACCGAUUUUCAGUGAAUUUUUAACGAACAAUUUUCUUUUCAGUUUCAAGACAAUUUGAAGAUUCAACAUACAUACAACGUACUAAAAUGCGAAAGUUACACACCACAAAAUAGAUAAAUAGGCCUGAAAUGAAAUUCUAUCUUGUUAUUGAUUAUACGUUGCCUAGCACGUGACUUAAAUCUACCCAGGCGGAGAUCCAAAAUGACGGUGGCAGGCUUGGCUCAGUUAUAUCACUCAAAACUCGUUCCCGUUUGUCUCAUUUGAUAAAGAGGGAAUCGUUAAUGUUUUCAUUAAGACAGUAUUGCCUUGAUUUUCUAAUAUUUACAACGAAAGACAGUAAAUUUCACUUUUCACCCACAUUUACUUCCAACCUUUUAUUUUGAACCAGAAACAAAAAUGAUAGACGUUUAAAACACAUGACAUCAUCCACCUUGUCAAAUGUACUAGCAUGAUCAUUUCAAUUGUAAUGCCUUCUUAUCCCAACGUUACUUUGUUUCUUUGCUACAUUAGCGAACACUGAACUACUGCUCGUACUCUAGAUAUGACAAUCAACCACAAAAUUCCCUAAACCAGAUAACAUUAAACAUAGACUAAAAAAUCAUGUGUCAAUUCACGAGUUUGCUCACAGAGCACUUUGAUUGUUAGCUGAUAUUAGUUUUUCACGACUCAUUCUGGCUUGGAAACUGACAUCCGUCAAUCGUCUGGUACAAAAAUAGUAAGCAAACAAGCGGUCAAUUAAAAAAUACAAGAAUUAGCAUCAAGUAACUGAAGCACAAAUUUAUGAUACGUAUUGAAAGCGUACAAAAACCUUUACAGUUUUACGCCGAAAAUACUGUAGCAAUUAACAAAGAUGUUUAUAAAUAAGGACAUGCAUGUUAUUUUGUGGCAGAUUCUUUCCACGAGGUAGUAUCGCUUCUCUACAGCUAAUUUUUUACGAAACAAAAUAAAAAAUGCGAUGACUAAUAAAUUCUCAGGGAAGUCUCUCCUUUCCUUAAACUGAAUGUUGUAAUUACCAGCUGUUUACAUAGACGUCAAGACAAGAAAAUAGACUGAGAAAAUGGAACUUUCUAAAACUUUCCUGAAGCCAAUGAUAUUUCUAUUUAAAGUAGAAUUAUCCAAAUGAGAUCAUUCCCAACUCUUUCAUCUGCUAAUCAAAAUGAAGGUUCAGGUACAUCUGUCGAUAUUCUUAAAUUUCUGGAGAAGCUAACGUAUGCAAUUUAGAACAAUAAUAAUAUCUAUGCAAAUCAUCACUGCGUUCACUUAAAAAAAGAGCGUUCAGAGCUGUUGGCUGAAUGUCGGCAAUGUGAUCGCAACGAUGAAUGGAACACAGGUAACGAGCUACUUAAAUCCAGUUACUGAGGGAAAGAGAAUCGAAUUCAACUUUGCUUACAGCUUUUAUAAAAUAACAAAAUACAAAAUAAAGACAGGAAAAAGUUAAUAAGCGAGUAAGGAAAGGGGUUUUUACUAUGGGAAAAAUCAUUUGGAUCUGUUCCUCAUGGAAAACUAAAUCCAACUCAGUAAAAGAAGUUGGACUAAAGAAAGUAAAUGAAAGGUAUUUGUCAGUAAUCAGCUUUGUUUUGUUUAUUGAGACUAAAGGUAGCCCCCCGAGAACUACUCAGUGCCAAAGCUUGGUUAAAGAAAGGAAAGUUAUCCUUUUCUUAAAACAACUUCAGGGAUACGGUUCAUCGAAACCGAUAUUUAUCCUUUUUUACUCUUUUGUCCCUUUGUUCUUCUUUGAUAGUCAUAUCACCUGUACUUUGGUUUUACCGCGGGGACUGAAUUUUGUUGCUCAACGAUGUUUACAUUUUGAAUAGAUGGCCUCGCCGAGGCACAGAAGGUUAAUGAGUGUAUGCGAUCGUUUAAGUCGGUUAAAGCAACGGAGAUAUCAUCUUUGCUCGAAUACAGAAACAAGAUUAAAGGAAAAAUUUACAUCGUAAGCCAUAUGAAUUCUGUCAUGUAAAUUUGUUAAAUUAUUACAAGUUCUCCUGGUGACUUAUGAAACCAUACCAUUUUUCUCGCAUAUAGGAAAUCGGCUUUGUUCCGGCUGUUUCCUUCCCUUUUAUUACAACUUCGUGACAGUUUUCUUUAAAGCUCCAACCAGUCUACUGAGCAACAAGCUCAGGCUAAUUAAACUUUCGAUGGCAACAUAAUUAAAAAUAAAUUCUGAAUUGAAAAGAAGACUUAUGAAGCCAUACCAUUUUUUAUCGCACAUAAGAAGUCGGCCUUAUAUUGUCCUGUACCCUUCCUUUUUGUUACGACUUCGUGAAAAUUUUCUUUAAUACUCCAAUAAGUUUACUAAGCAACAAGACUAAUCAGUAAGUUCGAGGCUGGAUUAAACUUUCGAUGGCAACAUAAUUAAAAAUAAAUUCUGAAUUGAAAAGAAGAUUGUAGAUCUUUUCGCUACCAGCUGUCAACCGUUAUUCUAUAUCAGUAAACAUCUGCGGCUGGGCUAUUUCUGGAGCCAUUGGAACAAUAUUGAUAAUGAUUAUAUAAACUCAUAUAAGAUGGGCUCCUGCUUAUAAACUUGAGAAAAUUGUCCCUUUUGCCGACAAUAUUUGAAAAAGCAUAUCGAUUGCUUAAUUUCGGACAACAGCUGAUUCCAACCAUACUUUUCUUAGUUAGAGGUCUCAGGUGAAGACUGUCAAUUUUCUAGAAUUUUCCUAGGUAUGUUCAUUGAUUAAACAUGUGAAAGUUUCAUCUAUAUAAGACGGAUAGGCUGUGUUUUCAUCCAGUCGAGUUUAGGUACCCACCGCAAGGCUGUUGGCUGAAGAAAAACCUGAUCUCUUGGUAUCGAAAAAUGUCUGCAAACGUGACAGCAAUGGUGAAUGGAACACAGUCCAUGUCGAGCUGCUUCAACCCCACAGCGACAAGAAUUGGAGGAACCUUCGCCUACUGUCUGCUAUUUGUUGUGUCGCUGGCUGCGAAUACCUUCAUUGGAAUAAUUGUCUAUAGGACGAAAACUCUGAGAACACCAAUCAACAUUUUGAUAGUAAACAUGGCACUCUCCGAUCUGUUGUACCCGAUUUUCCUCUUUCCUAAAAUUUUUGUAGAGUUAAACACGGCCGGCCACUGGCUGGUUGGCGGUCCCCUUGGCCAUGCGGCGUGUAAACUGAGUUCCUUCGCUGCAGAUGUCUCAACUCUAGUGUCAAUUCAGAGCCUGUUGUUGAUCGCAGUGGAUCGAUUUGUAGCUGUAGUAUUUCCUCUCCGUUCCCCACUGAUCAGUUCAAAGCAGUGCCGGUACUUCAUUCUCGUCAUUUGGAUCGUCGCCAUGGCAGUCCAUUGCCCAUAUUUGAUCGCCUUUAAAGUUCUUGAGUAUUCAGAAGGGCUGUUUUGUCGGUGGCAGCGGAAUGACAUAUUUGGAGAGUUCCUAUCGCAGCAAACCUACAUACUGGGAUUGAUCGUUGUUACCAGCUAUGUCCCUUUGGUUUUGAUUUCCAUACUUUAUUUUGUCAUUUCCUUAAAAAUUAAAUCGCAGAAGAUUCCAGGGAAGCAAUCAGCUAACGCAAGAGAACGGCGUUUGAAGAAAGAAAGAAAUGUUCUUAAUAUGUCCGUUGCCAUUGUCCUGGUGUUCGCCGUAUGCUGGUUGCCACUCAGCAUCUACGCCUUGCUGUUCCAUUAUUCAUCAAACAUGGCUAUGAGGUCAUCUUGUGGCAUGGAAUACUUUAAAAUUAUUGCCUUUCUUAUGGCGCGCUCGUACUGUGCUGUAAAUCCUUGCAUCUGUUUUAUCUUCAGUGGUAAUUAUCGUCAAGGUCUCAAGAAUCUCUUCGGUUGUUUUCCACAGGCGAAGCUGCUUAGUUAUCGUUUUCUCCCCAGCCUUCUGCAUGCUGUUUGGAUUUAUCCGCGCAUUGAUGUGGCUGAACAUGCCCGCCGUUUCUUUAUCCCUAUUUAUAGAGAAUUUGAGCAGAGAAAUUUUUGAGACGCGGGCAGCAACAGGAGAAAGAGUAAAACUAAAACCUGGCGCGAUUUGAUACUAAUUCAUCGACCGUAAGGAAUAAGAACUUUUAACUUGCGGCUGCCGUCCGCGUCUGCCGUCGAUGCUCAAGCUCUCUAAUAACUACACUUAUGAAGUAGUUGGUGCAGCGAAACCCAUCCAUCAACUGAUUUACUGUUUGGUGACAGCAAACUUUCCACAUUUUACAACUCUGGCCAUCUCUUUCUGACUUGUUGAAACUGUUCGUAAUCCCUUUUAGAAGAGCCUCGCUAUAUUGCUUCUGAAAUUUUUGACUUGGUACCCGAAAAAAGACAGCCCGUAUGUAUUUUCAACUGAAGAAGCUUUAGAGUUGGAGUUAAUCAGAAAGGGAAUACUGUAAACGUUGUAGCGGCAACGCGUAAUUGAUUAAAGAAGAAGCUUCCGUGAGCACAAUUCUUGGUACCUUCCGUCCAGUUUGCUCAUGCAAGCUAGUUUCCUUCAAACGCCCCAAUAGUUGUUUGAACUGUGGUUUCAGGAUUUCCGACUUUAAUGUUUAUAUAACAAUCAUUUUAAAUAUUUCAGACUCAGCCUGUAAAAUGAAAGACUUUUUUCGAUCAAUAAGCUGCUAUAAUUAGAUGAGAAAAAUAAAGUCUGAUUUAAAUCCAAGAUGAAAUAAAUAACAUCAAAAAAAGCUAUGCGGACUGGUUUUUCUCUCAUAAGCUAAAUUGUUAUUACGGUUAUUCCUCACAAGUUCCGUAUUUAUUGGAUUGACGCCUCACCUCGAUUAUGGGCCCUCCCCUCUACUUCUGCUUCCCCCUCCCCACCCCCCUGCUUGCAAAAAAAAAUCGUGGUGUAUAGGAGAAGGCUCUUCAGAAGGCGAUGGUUAACGGGUAAAAUGUCGGCCAUUUUACGGCUAGCGGUUAACUUCCUUUCUUUGUGAUUAUUAAGAAAAUUUUUACUGUUCAUUUUUUUUGCGACUAAAGGUUAAAAUUUGCCAAUUUUUCCGCCUAACGGCUAAACUUUUAGGCCGUUUUAUGCCUAACGGUUAACCCGAUUGAGAUCCUCUAAGAGGAGUAUAACUUAUUCAAUAUUUCCUUACAAUCUCGAAAUUCAUUGACUAUGGUACAUCUUCACGUAUUGUUAUUAUUUAUCAUUUUGUGACGAAAUAAACUAAAUACUUGCUGAAAAUGAAGUAAAUCACAAAAGCGCCCUCCUCGAAUACGCGGUUACUCUGAAAGUCUAAAAAUGUAUUAAGCACCAAGGGCGUUUACUCGAAAAAAAUACGGCGAUCCUUGUUUUACGCACAUGCACGACGUCGAUUUAACCACGAACUUAAAUGAGAAUUCAUUGUCGGCGGAAAACUGCAAUCCCUUCCUGAUAGAUUAUGCUGAUGUUUUGAAAUUGACUUUCAUUACUGAGAGUUUUGCUAGAACGCAGCUUUUGAAAGGCUAACCCCAAACACUUAAAGUAAAGAGUGCUUCAUCAUGCUUCAUGAGUGAUAAUCACUCAGUGGUUUUAUUUUGUCUUAAAAGUGUCCCGUGGACUGGUAACGAAUAAGCGGGUGAUAACGUAGAAAACUGUCAAACUUUCUUCUAGAUUUCUCCUACUUUCCGGCUCCACCAUAGUUGCCGACGUUUUCUACGUCACAGCUAUGUAAUAUGAUCGUUUUGGCCGCGCGCUUAAUGGCGAUACUUUUUGGCCGCCAAAUCGUACUUUGAAUGCACAAAAAGAAUUGGUCAAGGAGAACUCUCUAGGCGCUAAGGUCGAUUAUUUCUAACUUUAAAAACAGCUAUUAACCGGAAAAUGCAAAAAAAAAAUUUCGCGUCACAGGCACUUUAAGACAUGAUCCAUGACAACAAACCCAAACAAUUUAAAAAUUCAAACAUCCCUUUUACAAUUUCUUUUUUCACCUGCCGAAAUGAGUUAAAGAAUUCUAAGUAAUUAGAGUUAAAGUGCCCAUGACACGAAAUUUUUUUGGCGUAAAUAUUUAGCUUAUUAUGUGUACAAACCAAUUCCCAUAAGAGAAAAAUUUCAAAAAAACUUAGAACUCGUUUUUUUUCAGGCCCUAAAGCGCUUUUUGUUUUGUCUUAAAAGUGUCCCGUGGACUGGUAACGAAUUAGCGGGUGAUAACGUAGAAAACUGUGAAACUUUCUUCUAGAUUUCUCCUUCUUUCCGGCUCCACCAUAGUUGCCGACGGCAAUUUUAAAAAAAACAGCUAUUAACUGGAAAAUACAAACAAAAUUUCGUGAUCUAUGACAACAAACCCAAAUAAAGACCUCAAAUAAUUGGUUUCAGUGUGCAUCAUCAAAAUAAAAUAUUCAAAUUUUCACAUCACUUCCACAGCAAGCGGUAAUACAAAUAGAGGUGUUUGUGACUUCCAUAAGAUAAUACUUGACUUUAACUGUGACUGAAGAACGCGUCUUCGAAAUGUCCACGAACUUGAGCGCAACAAUGAAUGCAACUCAGCCGUCGAACUGCUAUAAUCCCACAGCAUUGAGGAUUGGGCACACAAUUGCUUACUGCGUAAUAUUUAUUAUUUCUGUGGUUGGAAAUUCCUUUAUUGGAAUAAUUGUUUACAAGACAAAAACCAUGCGAAAACCCAUCAACUAUCUAAUUGUGAACAUGGCUAUGUCAGACCUACUGUUCCCAAUAUUCUUGAUCCCGAAAACUGUAAUAGAGAUACAUGACGAUGAUUGGCCCAUUGGAGGCCAUCUUGGCGAGGUUUUGUGUAAGCUCGCUCCUUUUUCAGCCGAUCUCUCCUCUGCUGUGUCAAUUCAGAGCCUUGUGCUCAUAGCAGUGGAUCGAUUUGUAGCUGUGGUAUUUCCCCUCCGUUCUCCGCUCUUCAGUUCAAAAUUGUAUCGCUUCUUUAUUCUCGCCACGUGGAUCAUCGCCAUGGCUACAUUCAUCCCGUAUCUGCUCGCGUUCAAGCUGGUCGAAUAUGAUCAUGAGUACAAGUGUGUGCGGCAAUGGAUGCGUGUUUUUGACGAUUCCUCGUCGGUGACAAAAUACUUUAUGGCACUUUUUAUUACAUUUUUUAUAUUCCCUUCGUUCUGA